AGCAGAGCACGGCACAAUGGUGAAGCCUCCCCGCUGCACCCAAUCCCUCACGAGAAUGGCGACAACGGCGGGCGGAAUCUUGCCCUUCCUGCUUGGUUUACUGCCGCUCACUUGGUUGGACACCGCUGCCGGGUACAGCGACUUCUUCAUGGACUGUGCCAAUGCCAUAGAGCUGAAGAACUUCUCCGGCCUGCCGUCCCAUGACAGCUACACGUACGUUUGUUCCCACCCAUGGAUUGGGUGCGUGUACUGUAUUGCGACGCUAUUCUGUCUGUCUGUCUGUCUGUGUGCAGAUCUUGCCUGGCGGCGUCGAGCCCCGGGGCGGCGACCAAGUAUUGCCUCGGCGAGCUGACGGCGUUCGGGGGCGUCGCUGGUACAAGGGCAGGGCAGAUGAACGAACGAAUGAAGUCUGACUGGCCUGGCUGCCUGUGGAUUGGAUUGUUGUUUGCAGGCCUGACGGCCGGGCUCUGCCUGCCCAAGCAAUGCUCGCAGGUCUGCCUGCUAUGACUGACACAGGGGGGCUGGCGUAUCGCAUUGGAUGUCUGCAGGUGUUUGUGGACGGGACGGUUCGGUGUCAUUCAUGUCUGUCUGUCUGUCUGUCUGUCGUGCAGGGUGACCUGGAGGAGUUCAUCGAGACCACCUGCGCGGCCCCGUCGUGUGCCGACAUCAUUGAGGAGUUGCAGCCCCUCUGCAUGGUCGUGCAGGGGGUGCUCUGCGACCCCAAGAACAGGUAGGCAAGCCACAGCACAGGACAGGACGGCACAGGACGGCACAAUACACCAUCUCUCUCAGUGAAUGAACGCGAGUGUCACUCACUCACUCUGUCUGUCUGUCUGUCUGUCUGUCUAUCAUCAGGACUGCACCGGCGCACAACUUCCAGCUGUCUUGCCUCGAAUCCACCACACCAGACUCCAAAAAAGGUCCACACACACACACACGAAUGUUCUACCUUUAUAUCGGCUGGUGGGCAUGGCGUACAGGUCAGAUGCUGGAGUCCACUUUGGCGUGUGGCGGGAUCGAUGCGCAGCGGACGGUCGACAGCGGGCUGGUCAACGACCUGGGCAACUGGGACGGAUGCCACAAGGUAAGGUGCGGUGGGAUGGUGCAUGUGGGCCUGGCGUGGUGUGGCGUGGUGUGUGUCAGUCAAGUGGGCGUGCAGUGCAGUGCAGUGCAUGUGGGCAUCUAUCUCAUCUAUCUUGUGCUUGUCUUGUCAGCUUCCUGGCGCCCACUACUGCUUUGCCGGGUACAACCCCAUCUUCAUCUCCUCAGGGCAGGUAGGGUACACAACACACAACACACCCCACACCCCACACUCACACACCUGUGUUGUGUUCUCCCUGCAGUGUGUGGCGGACACGUGCACGGCGGGCAAGUACGAGAGCAUGGCGGCCUUCGCCUGCGAAGUGGACAACUGCCUCGCCAUCACAAACCUCAUCCAACCUCAAUACUGCCUCUUCUGGUCCGCCGGCACGGCACACGCACACAGAAUCCCCCAUGGUUUCGUUGACAGACGCAUGUCUGUGUGUGUGUGUGUGUGCGUGCGUGCAGGAAGACCAUCCUGUGCCACCAAGCCCCGCCCCCCAGCCCCUUCAUCGCCGCUCACCGUUGGCAAGGCCGGCUGGGCAGCCCCAACGACCUUCCCAUCCCGCCAGAGGUCUCGCUCGACGUUACCUGCGACUACACACCUCCGAAAAUCGGGGCCGGUCAGUCAGCCCGCACGGCAUCCAUCCAUCCAUCCAUCCAUCCGUGUGUGCGCACGUGUGUGUGCGUAUGUGUGUGUGCAGGGACCUAUGUGAUGAUAGGCAUCUCAGCGGUGAUCACGUUGCUGAUCAUAGCGGCCACCGGGCUGUCGAUACACUUGAAGCAGCGACAGCAGAGAGAGGGCGGUGGAGGCGGGGGCGAAGCGAAUGCCGACGUCAGACUGCAGACCAUCAACGUCGAAGAGGCCGGCAAAGACGUGGCAAGACGGUUCGUGCCAUGACAGACACACACAGACACACACAGAGACACCGAGAGAGAUGUGAACACUCAUGUGUGGCGGUGCUGUAUUGUGGCAUGGGGUGGGCGGCAGGGACGAGCCGCGUGUGCCGUCACUAGGCGAGAAGAUGCUGCUGGCCUUCUCCCUGACGGACAACUGGGCGCACCUUGCUGAGACACACACUGUGAGACGACCAGGGAGGGGUCCACACCAGACACGGUGCGGAUGGACCACAUGUGGUGUGCUUGCUGUAUGCAGCACACGGGCGACAUCACCUGUUUGAACGGGCUGCGGGCCAUCUCGAUCUGUUGGGUGCUGCUGGGCCACGUCAUGCUGCUCAUUGCGGGCGGCAUACCACUCAAAGACUUCGCGGUCGGUACCUACCGUACCGUACGACACACAGACUUGCACACACACCUACACACGUGUGGAUGUGGGUAUGUGUGAUGUCGUGCAGGAGACCCUCAAAGUCGGUACGUGCCUUCACAAGGCGCACAGCACAGCACAGAACGGCACUCUCUUUCCUGCCCACACCUGUGUGUGUGUGUGCGUCUUUGGGCGGCAGUUGGCCGUUUCUCCUUCCAGCUUGUCGUCGGCGCCUUCUACUCCGUCGACACGUUUUUCUUCCUCUCGGGGUUCCUCACCGCGUACGUCGCCGUCAAACACGCCGCCAAAAGGGGCGGCAAGAUCAACAUCGCCCUGGCCAUUGUACACAGGUGCCUACAGAGACACCGAUGGAUGGAUGGAUGGACACACACAAGUGGGAGGCCGUGGGGUGUGUGUGUGUGUGUGUGUGUAGGUGGAUCCGUUUGUCGGUGCUUUAUGCGUUUGUCAUUGGGGUGUGGGAGUUCGUGACGCCCUUCUUCGGUGACGGGCCGCGGUGGCCGCUCUUCGUGACCGACCUGCACGCCUCAUUUCUCACGGUGGGUGGGUGAGUGAGUGGGUGGCUGGAUGGAGGUCUCAUCCUUGUGUGUGUCGUGUGCGUGCAGGGUGGCAAGGAGAGCGCUUGCAAGCAAUAUUGGUGGGGAUGGGGCAGGGGACAGCACGUCAUUAGACGCUUGCUGAUGUGUGUGUGUGUGUGUGUGUGUGUUAAUGUGUGCAGGUGGGCGAACCUUCUCUACAUCAACAACUUCAUUCCCAAGAAGUUCGGCGAAAUAUGUCUGCCGUGGACAUGGUAGGUACGGUCAUCACUCCCCAGCCCCGCUAUGCACCUCUACCUCUCUCUUUCGGUGUGUCCGUCUCUAUGUCUGUGUGGCCAGGUACCUGGCCAACGACUUUCAGUUCUUCGUUGUGGGCAUCAUUGUCCUCGCCAUCUACUGCGGGUACUCAUCCGCAGACACACAACGGGCAGGCCCAAACAGGUCUGUCUGGCUGUUGGCUGUCUGUCUGUCUCCCUGGGUGCGUCAGGUACUCCAAGAAGAUCGGGUGGUACCUCAUCGGUCUGCUUCUCUUGACGUGCUGGAUCGUCACCGGUGAGUCAGUGAAUGGAUGGAUGCGCUAUCUCACACACACUGUUCACACAGCACAUCAAUCCAUACGCAGUGCGGUACAGCACGUGUGUGUGUAUGUGUCUGUCUGCAGGCACUCUGGACGUCGUCCGGGACUGGCAGGUGGCAGUGCUGCCCAUCCUCUUUGAGGCCGACCAGCACCAGUUCUAUGAGCUAUACGAGAAGCCAUGGUGCAGAAUCGCACCAUACCUCAUUGGAAUGGUACCCCUCCCCCCUCCCUCCCUCCCCCCAAGAACACCAACACACAAAGCCGUUGGGUGCCUCGUGUGUGUGUUUAUUUGGUCAGAUUGGCGGUCUGCUGAUCCUGGAGCACCGUGAGGCGGUGCGUGAGCGGCUUGUGGGGCUGACCAGGUAUGGCCGGCUGGUGUGCCAUGCCCUGGCCGCCGGGCUGAUGCUCUUCGUCGUCUUCAUACAGGUACAUGUUGCACACACGCACACACACACCCCCACACACACACAGAGAGAGAGAGAGACGUGUGUGGGGCAUUGUGUGCAGUAUGAGGCCAACAAGAGCACGGCCGAGCCGUGGUCUCCCACAGCGACCUUCUUCUACAACGCCUUCUCACGGUGGGUGCGUACCUUCCCACACAAUCCCACACACCACAGAUGGACCUCCAGAGACACCCAUGGAUGUGUGCGUGCGUGUGUGUGUGUGUGUGUGUUCUCCACCCUGCAGGUCUGUGUGGGCGGUGGGGCUGUGGUGGAUCGUGGUGUGUUGCGCCACGGACAUGGCUCCCUGGACCAACAAGAUUCUGUCGCUGCCGGUGUUUCUGCCCUUCGCGCGGCUGACGUAUGCCUUUUACCUGAUCCACCUGCCCAUCAUCGCCAUCUGGCUCUUCACCAGGAGAGACGUCGACUACUAUUACGACGGUCGGUAUGCAGGCAGGCAGGCAGCCCGCAUCCAUCCAUCAUGUUGGCAAGCUCAUGGCUUUGUGUGUGUGUGUGUGUGUGUGUGUUGUCCACCAAACAGGUUUGGUGGCUGUAUACUACCCGGCCUUCUUGGUGCUGGGUUUCAGCGUGGCCACCUUCUUCUACCUCUUCGUGGAGGCCCCCUUCAUGAACCUCGACAAGCUCCUGCUCGCCAACCUCAUGAGAGCCUCCGACGAAGGUGCCAGAAUCGCCAAACGUAUGCAGACCCCACAACCCACCACACAACACAACACAACACCACAUCCACCGGUGGAUGUGAUGUGUAUCAGGCAAAGAUGAGAGUGGCGGGCAGGCGAGCUCCGCUGAGAGCUUGAUGGACUCCUCCGGCGCCACGCCCCCCGGCCGGCGGGCCAUGAGGCACAACGGAGAGCCACAUAGCACAAAGACAGACGAGCGCCCGACGGCUGCGCUGCUCAGCGCAUGACCGACACACACACACACAACGGGGGGAGGGCGAGGGAGGGAGGGAGAGGAGCGCGUGCGUGUGUGUGUUAUUUCUGUCCGUCCGUCUGAAUGGCGUGGCGCUUGCGUGCGUGCGGUGUCUAUCGUGGUGUCGGUUUAAGAGGGCAGGCAGGCAGGCAGGCAGGCAGAGGUAAGCGAGAGCUUUCUGUGACUGAGUGAGUGGCCCGGUGAGUGAGGUCAUUGAUCAUUGUGUAUUUCUCGGUAGCCAAUCUGGCUGGCGAGCCAGUGCUAGGGCGCCCCGAGUGCCCGCCACUGCAGCCUGGAGCCUUUUUCUUCACCUACCCAGCCCUGCAGCUCAGCUGCGUCCAUAGUCAAUGUUGUAUAGCAGCAAUUCGUUCGGUGAGCGUACAUCCAUCGUGUGUGUACUUGGGUGGCAUCCAUGUGACUGUGACAGUCAGUCAGCGAAGCUGCUCCAGAGCUUUACCCCAGGCAGGGAGAACUAAGGCAGGGAGAGAAACACACGGUCAGAGUCGGAUCUCACUCAGUCGACCUGCAUAAAGGAAGCCACUUAUCUAUCUCUUUGUCUGACUGUCAGCAGAGUACAGCACAGCCGUCAAGGGGCUUUUGUUUCCCCCGGCCGGCCUGUCGAUAUGGCAUGUUUGUUAUGUAUACAAGCACUCGGUGAGUGCCAUCCAUGAGCACGUGCGCACGAAUUCGUCUCUGUCCCAUGCAUUCGCACAUGUGCACACUUUGUGUGUCGUGGUUUCUCGGGGGAGAGCACAGAGAGGGUAGAGAUCUUCACGAGUGUGGUCAAGGAAUGGUGAACCUAUGAUUGCAUGCACUGUCUGCUUGACGUCAGUGGAUCUUAAGGGGCG